AUGUUUGGCUGGUGUAGUACCUUGGGUCUACCCUCCGUGAGCUCAGAGCCGGAGAAAGAGCGCCGUCCUCCUCCCGCCCCCACACCCCUUGACUUCCCCGUCUACAACCUGCCGGAACUUUCGGAUAAGGACCCGGACGCUACUCUGUCGAGACUGAGUGAAGUGCUGGCGUCAAUCCGACGGCCACAGGAUAUCAACCCGCAGAAAUUCGAGGCGCUCAAUUUGAGACUAGAAGAGAAUGUGUCCGCAGCAGACAUCGUUCGCCCGAGCGGGUCAAACACGGCUCCUCCGCUCCCUUGGGAUAACUCGUUAGCCCGCUCGUCCCCGGUGGAUGAGGAUGGCUGUCCCAUCUUGAUGGACAAUGGCAAUUCAUAUCCCUCCCGAGAUCGAUUCGAGGCGUUGCAGAACGAGCUCCUGCUGGAUAACGAUGACGCUUUCAGAGAGGUGGGCAGACUGCCGCCCCGCGAGGGCCGUCAAAGGGUGCGCGUGGCUCAAACAAGGAAGUUUUGGACCGGCCUGGAACGGAUGGCUCAAUACUGGGAUACCAGUUUGGACGAGUAUUACGAGCGCCCGAAAACGCCGCCCCCACUGGCAGAGCAGGAAGACACAGACAUAAUGCAGACGAAUGGGGAUGCCCAACUGCCAGCGGCGCAAGACCAUACGGAAACCCCCAUGGACGUGGACCCAGCGCCGCCUGCGGAAGCGACAAAAGACGGUUCUCAGGCGCAGCCAGAUACACAGCAGGAAAUGGUUACUAUGUACAAGGGUCGCCGUCUUGGUGCCGGACAGGAGAUGCCCGAGGAUGUACGUGAGGAGACCGUUCGAGCGUUGGCCGAAAUGGCUGCUUGGCCCUUUGGCUGCCAGGCGGCUCCUCCUAUCUCGCCACCUCGGUUGGCCGUGAAGACUUUGCUCUUUCCUGUUCGACACACCUUCCAAACCGCACGAUCGCCAAAGGACCGUCAACUGGCGCGAAGCGGUAUAAUGGAGGGGCCUAUCUUUGCAGCGCAGUGCCGACCUGAGACCUCAUGGCGCGGGCCACAUGAUGCCCCAGGCUCUGGCAUGGGAGAGGUGUGUGAUUUGCUUCGGGAGGUAGGUGCCAUGCUCCUGACAGCUCAGGAACGGGCGAGACAGGGGGAAGCAGAGGUGAGACCAGGUGAAGGCAAGUGGUGGACAACCGUGCCCCGAUGGGGCGGCGCUCCCAACGACUCCGUCAGUGACAAUGAGAAGGAGACACAUGGGGAGGACAAGCUGCCAUCCGAGUCGGGAUAUGCUCGCAAGCGCUCCAAGUACGAGCACCCGUUCCUCGCAUCGCGUCGACCGAGCUCUGCGCGAAAAAUGAGCAACAGCGAUAGGUGGAAGAUUAUCCAGCCCGGGCCCGGUCUUUGGGACAAGCGGAUGCGAUAUAUACAGAUUGGAAAGCCGCUCGACAGUGCAUUUGACGAUAUCUACCUAUUGUCCUCCAUCAACCAUCAUGUGUCGAUCCUUCAUCUGCGCGUACACCGGCGAUAUCUCGAAGUCAUCACCAAUGGGUCCAGCAACUUCCCGCCUGUAACCGACACACCGGAGCAACCGUGGCAUGUUCUACAGCUACGACGCACCCGGUGGUAUGACCUGUUCAACGGCGAAGACCGUGUGGAAGCGCUGAAGGGCAUUUGGCGCAUCUUCCACUACCUCCUUCGACAGCAACCGGAGACUCAGUUUCUAAACUGA